CUGGAAGUGGUGUGCCCUGUAGGAAAAAGUCAUAAUAAUGCAUAGGCACAGAUGGUGAAAUACCAAUAGGAAGUAGAUACCGGCUCUUGGUAUCAGCGGGUUUGCACAUUAGCGGCUUCACUUCAGUCAUUGUCAGUUUGGUCUUCCGAAUAACCACCCGGAUUGCCCAGUGUUCUGGAGAGCCGGGAAUUUACGACCAGCGUCAUUUUCUCACCAUUACUUUGGCUGGAGAGUUGUCAUUCUGCGGUCUUUGACAGGCAGACUAGAUUCAUGAGGCUGAAGUGAGGAAGAAUUUUUGUUACUAAGGCAACCAGAGUUUGGCAAAGAAACAUCCACCACAGAACCAGCACUCUUAUCUGGAUGAUAACUGGCAGGUUAUGCGUACAGUUCACGCACUUCCACCCAGCAACAGGUCCCGAGUUCCUGAUCCUUUACCCACCAGGCAGUCUAUCCAGUCUGCAGCAUAGCAGCAUCAACAAGCAGCAUCACUGUGGGUGUUGCCCCUGCUCCCUGAACUCUGACCUGUGAUCUUUUGCCGGCAUUCUGUGGGCCAACUUGACAUUCCAAACCAUCACUCGGCUUACACAUCCUCAGCCUUGACUCCAGUAUUCAACUGACUCGUCUUUGGAAUGCUUGUCAUAUUUCCUACAAUUGACGGCCUCACUGUCAACAGUAGGAGACAUCUUUUCAAGUCUAUUCGGAGUUAAAAACAGUUCUGUAUUUGUUUUGUCGGCGUAUAUUUUUGUAACCGUGAAGAAGUUUGUACAACUUUCGAGGACUAAGAGUACAGUUUGCUGUUCCCGUUCCAGUGGAAUUUUGAAUAAUCUUUUAAACUUUCACUGAAGACCCAACGCCAUUAGUACUUAUUAAACAUGUCGGAGAAUUACGAUUGCGAGGCACCAGCUGCCGAUGUAGCAGCCGAGACAACCGGCGAGACAGUCGAGCAGCUGUCUGAGAUGCAGGCACAGGAGACUCCCGCUCAAGAGACCCUGGCGAAGGAAACCCCGGUGAAGGAGAUCCCCGAAAAGAGCCAGAACGGCCGUCCGAAAUGGAAACAGACUGCCAUCAGCACACCCAAUGACCGCUGUGUGGUCUGCAAGAAGACAGUCUACCCCAUGGAAAAGGUCACAGCGGACGGCACCACCUACCACAAGACGUGCUUCCGCUGCACAGAAUGCAACACGUGCCUUAGCCUCGGCAACUUUGCCCAAUCCAAACAGUUCCUCUACUGCAAGCAUCACUUCAAGCAGCUCUUUAAACUGAAGGGUAACUAUGACGAUGCCUUCGACGGAAGCUCGCGAUCCUCGCGCAAAGCCGGCCUGGCAGACUCAGAAAAUGGAUUCGAUGAGGCCGAUACUGAGCAGACAAGUGAGGAGGAAGUGCCACAGUUUGAUGGGACCAAGUCCCUUAAGGACCAGUUCGAGAAGGGGGAGGUCAGCAAUGUGACAGUCAAGAAGACCUUUGACAGGGAGAGCAUCACCAGGACUAGGGAGGACCUGGAUCAGUCCACACCAGAAGACAAGCAAGUGGUUGAAAAUGAACCAGUACUGAGACCAGAUGUGGUCCGCUCAAGUGACGUCGUGGACGAUCGCGUUGCGAUUGCCGGCAUGAGGUCUCUGCGGGACCAGUUUGAAAGAGGGGACAGCAGCCUGUCCAGCUCUGGCAAAACGUUUGACUUUCAGGAGGAGAUCCGAGCCGCCAAGGAAGCGGAGGUCCAGGCCAGCAUUGGGCAAGUUGCCGAGAGCACUCCCAUCCGAAGCGAGGAUGUGGUCCGCUCAGAUAUCAAGUCUGAUGAAGUGAAGACCACCUCAGGCGGUAUUCGGUCCCUCAAGGAUCGGUUUGAAAAGGGUGGCGUCAGCAACAUUGAAAUGACACCCGUCAAGCCAGCAAUCGAGGUUCGUCCACUGGAGGACUACAAUCCAGAGGUUAUUGACAGCGGAAUUUCUGAGAGCACUCCUGUCCUUCGGGAUGAUGUCGUGCGCUCCUCCCAGAAAGUAGAAGAUGCCCAUUUCAAGAUCGGCGGAGCACGUUCCUUGAAGGAAAGAUUUGAGCAAGGAAAAGUUUCCAAUAUUGAAGACAAACCCAAGGAGAAGAUUGAAAUCUCACCCAGAUCUCUGGAAGAUUAUGGGGCGAACCAGGAUUCCAUUGACCAAGGAGGAGUGUCUGAGAACACACCUGUUCAGCGAGCUGAUGUCGUCAGAGAAGGCAAAGGAGAAGAAGAUCCAGGCAUCAAGAGAGGCGCUGCUCGCAACCUGCGGAGCUUGUUUGAGAAAGGAGAGGUGCACAACAUAGAAGAGAAGCCCAGAGCACCCCUUGAGCGCUCCCCAAAAUCCCUAGAUGAGCUGGCACCGUCCACGGAAGGAGUGGUAGAGAACACGCCCGAAGUCCGCGCUGACCUCGCUCGGGAGACGUCUGUCCGAGACGAGCCGAUGAACAUCCAGAGAGGAGUGUCCCGCUCCCUGAAGGACCGCUGGGAAAAGGGAGAGGUGGAGACUGCUCCAGCAAAGCCAAAAGAGGUCAUUGAUAUCAAGGCAGAGCUGCAGGGCCAAGGUCAGGUGGCUGAGAGCACUCCGGCUGUGAGAGAGGAUCUCGUCCGCGAGUCGUCCGAGACUCCAGAGGAGCUUGCCGCUGGAGCUAGCUCGCUUCGCGCCCAGUGGGAAGCAGGAGAAGUCACCCAUGCCGAGAACCGGGUGCAGAAAGAGGAGCUGUCUCCCAAGAGGCUCUCCUCCUACUAUGAGGGCAACCAGGAAGAGGCAGAGGCACCUGCCAGUGAAAAAAUGCAGGAAGUAGCAGAGGCAGAGCAGGUGGUAGAAGCUGAGGAGGAGCAGUCAGUUGAGGCUCUCCCCGAGCCGGGGGAGCAAGAUGGAGAGGAGGGGGAGGCAGUAGACAGUAGACAGGAGGAGGAUGAGAAUGAACAGGUCCUCAAUGGGCACACCGAGGAGAACGGCCUGGAUGCAGAGGUCGCAUCUCCCGAGAUGGAGGAAGCUGAACCUGCUGAGGAUUUCCCAGAGCAGAGUGAGACUGCACCAGGACAGGACUUGGCAUCAUGGGAGAUCAAGGCAGCCAGAGCCGCAGCCCUGCAAGACGCAGAGGAAGAUGUCAACGAAUACCCAAAUGAUGACACAGACGAGGGCACCCCUGUAGAUGGUGAUGGGACCGGUCAACUCAUUGACCUCUGAACUGUUGGCGUCAUUAUUGGAUUGAGUCGUGCAUCGGAGGACGACUUAGUCACCCGACCAGUCACAUGACAGCAAUGACAGUUGGGAACGUUGUGCAGUGGCAAAUGUUUAUGAUUUUCUUCAAUCUACGCUCGCUUCAGUAUGCUUCCAGUCCAAUAAAGUUCGCUUUUUUCGUUUUCCUUUGUAACACAAAGGAUAUGAUGGAGCUUCCCUUACCAGCUCUUUGUUGCCAUAGAAAUGCAUCAGCUGCCAUGGACCAGUUAUUAUUGUGUUACCGUUAUGCACCAAGAAGCACCAGUGUAAUGUUGGAUAGGACCGUUAUGUUGACAACUUGCAUUGAAAUUGCUGAACUGAAGAGACUCCACGUUAUUUGUUCCAGUUACAGAGUAAAAACUGUGAGAAAUCUUUGGAAAAAACAUUGAAAUUGAAAAAUUAGUCAAAUUCCAGCACAGGACUGAUGUUAAUUUUAAAUGUCCUUACAUUUGAGCGCUAACGUGGACAGUGCGUUUUUGGGACAUAAUGUCCGCUUACGGUAUGUUGUCAACAGGUGGCACUGUUUGGACCUGUGUGGUAACAGCCCCACAUCAGCCAAGAGUUUAUUUUGUCUCUCCAGCAACAGCCUAGCAACGGCACACCACAUCCCUGCCACAGAUGAAUUGAUUUCUGUUCCAGCGAAUGGACUGUGCAGUGAAUCACUGAUUUUGACAGAAGAUCAAUUUUUUUUUUGUUGCCAAGGACAAUAGAGUAUCAGAAAACAUCGCCAGGUUGCGAUAGAGACUGAGAUUUCAAGCUCCUUCCCAGGGACUUGUAAUUGAAAUAAGUGUUACCUCACUGAGGACUGGGACUGUAAAUUGACCCUGCUGGUGGAAGGGUUAAAGUUCAAAGGCCAGAGAUCGCACCUGGUUGGUUAGCAGACUUAAUGCGUUGAAGCUCUUCAGAAUCGUCAGUCUGGCCUCCACAGCUGAUUUGCUUGUUUCAAGCACCACCGUUGCCAUAGUUACAGCUUUAGUGUUUUCCGUCUAUUUUUUAUCAAAUGCCUUAAGUGUCCGUAUCUAGCCACAUGCCUUUAUUAACAAUUUGUACGAUUUUUUUUUCUAAUUGCAAACAAUGUACAAAGCAAUAAUUGAAAAGUAGGAUGCUCAUUAACAUUUCUUUCUCAUAGAUGAAUAUUUGCCUUUAUUUUAAUUUAUGUACGUAUCGUUGAUGCAAUGUUUUAUAUACAUGUGCACUUUUAGUAUCAGUAAUGUGUCGUUAGCUAAUUGAGGUGCAAUGUGGACAGUGUUGACCUUUUAAGUAAUUGUGGAAUUGACCUCACCAGCAUCCACCAGGUUGACUGGAGGGAUACAUGUACUUUUUUUUUCUUUGUUUUUAAGGAUUGUGACAAGUACUGGGAUCCCACGAGAAAAUUGUGACUGAAAGAGUUCAUGGUGAUUUAAAAAUUAUUCCCCCCCCCAAAAAAAAGUCUCAUUUUAGUAUUGGUUGUAGCCUGUCACCCAUUGUUUCUUUCACGCUCAGUGUGAUGCAAUGCCAAUUUGACAUCUCCACAUGCAGAAAAGUUGCCCUCUUAAUUUCACCGCCGUAAUCUAUAGAGUACCAAAGUAUCACAUCAUUUUGAGCCAGAAAGUGUUGUGCAAACGAGUGGAGUACACGCACGUUUGUUCACGCACUGGUUCUUUACACACAAUUGUGCACAUGAUGUAGUCACUUUGAUACUCUAAAGGAUAGUAGUCUAUGUAGCAUUUUAAAUAUUUAAUAGUACUGAGCGUGAGUUACCUUUGUUUUUCUGUCGUCCUUGCACUCCCAACCCAAUUUUUGCAGCUGAGUCCACCCCUGUGUGCCCUUCCCCCCCCCCACCCCCCACACACUGACAGUCUAUGACCCUAAUCACGCUGCUGCCACCGCUUUGGUUUCUUCCAAGAAUCUAUCUCAUCUGUUUGAAGACAAAAGAAGUACUAAUUUGUAAUGCACAUGUAUAGGGGAUGCUUCUUGUAAUAGCCGGGUGAUUUCACAAGAAUUCUGGGGUUGGAUUUAAACAACUAUGCAAAAGAGUGUUCUGCGUCAGACACCAUGUAGGUUUAGCAUCGUAUCAUUCUGACAUUUGGGUUCCAUGGUGAUGGUGAACUGCACUGGUUUAGUUGUUGACGCUGAAACUCGGUCAUGGUAGUGACAUUUAGUGUUUAGAACUAGGUUUUAUUGUACACAAUAGCAUAUUGCGGCCCUGUCCGGAUUCAUGCCAUUUGAGCUAGUGGCUGUGGCUCGUAGCAAUGGGAUGACCACUGGUGUCAAGUCAAAGCCACUGACAAAAAAACUUAUCAUUCACCGAGCCACUUAUGAUACGAGGCUUUUGUAACAAACGCAAAGGGUCUCAGAGGGAAUGUGCCGUUUCACUUUUUCUUAUGGUUGUCUGCGUCUACAGUACGCAACCAAUAAGACAAAGGGCCAAAGUGGCCAAGCGUUAUUUGUUUAACAGUGCGGCCAUGCUUGUCUCAGUUGGCAUCCCGCUGUAUUUCAGCUUACUGUAGUCUCUUGGGACUUUAAAUUGAAAUACAAUCAAGUACUGUUCGCUUUUUUAAAUCAUUGUAAACAACUUGUAUAAACUUUUAAAACCGCUUUCUAUGUACUCUUGUAAUCUUUUUAUCUUCUUGUGCUGCAUCUUUGAUGUGUUUUUCCCACCUGUAGCUUUGGGUAGGCUGAGAAGGUGUUGAGGGUGAAGUAGAAUUGAAUGAAGAAGAGGUCUUUGGAUGAAAUGCAAAUAUGGAUUCAGAGAAGGCUGACGUAAAACAAAUUGUUCGCUAUGGAACGCCAUGUUUUUGAGCAGGGGAGAGAUUUACUCUCGACACCUUAACCGUGGCAAGGUGACGAUGCCGUUCUGUCACACGUGACAAUGCCGAUCCGAAAUGCAUUGGCUAAUAUCUCUGCCGCUAGAAAAAGGUCAUUGCCAUGCUGUUGCGCUUUAAAUCUUUGAAAGUGCCGAGACUGCAGCCAUUUUGUUUAGUACCCUUGUAGGGGCACAGUAAGUAUCCAUACCAGCAUCCUCUUUAAGGGCAACAGACUCUUAUAAAGCGCUUCAUUAAACGCACUUAUAAUGCAUGUAUUAUGCAUGUAUAGCCAGUGUAGUGGAAAAUGCUUUUGUGUGCAUUGCAAGAGACUAGACAUGCUUCCCAAUCCUAGUUGCCAUGGUGACAAUAAUCAUGUGAUAUCUCAUGUUUACACUGGAGCGGCGACAUUCAGUGGUUUAGCUUUUUUAAGUUAGAUAACAAUUAUACCGAAUCUUGUCAGCAAUUAGCCCAUCUUGGACCUGAAGAAUAUUUAACAAGCCAUUUAUUUUAGGCGGUUUGUUUAAGCAAUCCGCAUCAUAAAUGUAAAUCUUCACCCCCAAAUGAGUUGGUUACCAUAAUCGUUUUGCUUUUUUUCUUCAGAUGAGUAGAGUUUAAAAAUUGAUUCACGUACAUGUAUAUGCAUAACGUUGGCUCAUCUCUGUGAAAAUUCAGCUGUUGCAAGAGUUAUCUAACUGAAUGCAAGUAUUAACAUUUUUAGGAGGGUGUCCAUUUUUAGCUGAAAUUACCGAAGUUGUGAUUCAUUCAGAGUCAUGCAACAUGCCAGUGUUGUAAUGAGUCCCUAGAUUUGGUGACCCGAGUCGAGUCAUUUUAACAUUGUGACUCAAUUGGAGUCAUAAGGUCAAGAAGUCGUGUCUAGUCACUUUGUGUAGUCGAAUUGAGUCAAGUACUGAGCUCAAGUCAAUUUUAGUCACAAGUUUUUGAACAAAAUACAAUAAAACACAAAUACAUGUAAAAUAGUUUUGGGUAUUUUUAUUUUAAUUUAGCCAUACUGAAAAUGCAUUAGGGUAACAGGUAUCUAGCCAACUAAAAUUUCGCUUUUAAUAUUUUCUGGGACUCGAGUUUUAUAACUUUGUACUCGAGUCAUCUUGGUCGCAGAGGCUCGAGUCGAGUCAUUUACCCAUCGGGACUGAGUCCAGUCACCAAAAAUUGUGACUUGAGUCGGAGUCUAGUCAUUGCCCUGAGUCAUUACAACUCUGCAACAUGCCUUACUCCUUGUCUGGUUUCUUAUUGGUUAAUUGCGUAUGGGGAAGUUUUCCUUUCACGGAUUCUAGCUGUUACAUAAUAACGGUAUCGUGCAGGACUAUUUUCAAAAGAUAACUUAAAUUUGCUCUCUAUGUCUCUCAGGGGUUCGACUCGAAAAAUCCCUUUGAUCUUUUUGUUUGGUUUUGAUAUUAAUGAUAUCAAUCCAGUUCUGUUUUCAAUUUAGUGAUACAUGUAAAUUAUUUAAACCUGCGUUUUAUGUAGUACUGAAUCAAACUGGAUUGAAAAGCCAUAUAAGCAUGUAACAUAUUCGGCUAGUUAGGUAUUCCAAUCCAACAGCGUAUUCCCAAAACGAAGUGCGUGUUAGGUCAUUCGGGAAAAGAUAGGUCUUCCCUAUCAGUGGGCUAUUUGCUGAUUCGCUGAACUGGCUGAUUAUGUUUGGAAACUUGUACAAGUACAUGUAUAUUUUGACGACUAUUUAGGAAAUAAUACCACCUUGGCUAAUUAGUGGCUCUGACAUUUCCCCUGUACAUUCGUUGCUUAUGAUUUUUGAGUGCCUUGGUGUUACAGGUAAUGAAGUAAAUCCAGCCAUGGCCCAGUUUAGAAUCAUGGAUAGUUGAGAAUCACAGCAUGGGUAUAGCAUAAUAUUCUGUUUUGAAAACCCAUUCAGUAAUCAGGACCCAUUUAAGAAUCACGACCGAUUAGUUGUCCGGCCUGCUUCUGGAACUGUUUAUCUCCAAACAAGUGGAGCUGCCAAUCAGUAAAUAUUGCUAUUCAGUGUAAACUGUUACAAAACUGAGCAAAGCCAUGCCACAAAUAUAUUCAUGUGAAGUUUGCCGUCGUGAUAUUGUCAAGCACGCUGUUCAGCAUUAAAUGCCUUUUUUUCUGUAAUAUUUCAAACCUCUUAAGUCGUAGCUUUUUUAAUUAAUUGAUGCAAAAUUUUCCCGGGACCCAAAUCCAAAUAGCCAAAGAGUACACCCUUUAUUAGCAUAUUUUAAUUACAUCAGCAGUGACAGUAUAACUUGAUAUAAAUAUUUCGCCUUUGGACGUAAAUGUAACUUUAAAAUAAUACCCGUAAGGAUUUUUUAUAUAACGGUAGGAUCAUGCGAUGCUCUAACGAGGAAUAUUAUCCGUAAUACGUGUAUUUAUGAAGUUAUUGAUAAAUGUGGUUCAGUUGCGUUUGGUUUAUUGCUAAUCAUGGUGUUUUAGUGAAUCUAUGCAUGGCUGAUGGAGUAACGUAAAAAGAUCAAGACAAAUAAAUUUGCUCAAGAGGUGAUUGGUUCGCAACAA